GUGGCGGAUGGCGGCGGGGGCGUUCUGCCCGUGGGUGACCUCCACAGUGUCCCUGAUGCCGGUGCCCGGCGGAGGAGCACCGGGGCUGCCCCGGGGCGCUGCGCGGUGCCGCUGCCGGGGUGCAUCAAGCGGCGCUUAAAGCCCGACUUUGAGGGAGAGAAACCUGCUCGGUGUCCAGCUCGGUGUCCGGCAGCAGCCGCAGCUGAUGAGUUGUAUCAGAGGCGAAUGGACCGGAUCGAGGGAGGAAAAGGGCCAGGGGUGUCGAGCUCCGGGCACGUCCAAGGGAGCGGGAUCUCGGGAGGUGUUCUCCCCGCUCUCCGCUGCCGUGGCUUACGGAAAGCGGCUUGAACCGGGGCUCGGUGGUGAUUUCCACCCAUGUCAGGGAAAAGCAGGUUCCUCCGGCCGUGGAGCAGGUGAGGAACGAGUUCGGUAGGGCUCCUGCAGAACAGGAACCGGCUCUCGGCUGCCCACAGAGCGUGGCGUCGCCCGUGGUGUUUGUUCCUGGGGAACUGCGCAUCAAGAGUUUCUUAUCAGUUUCUUAUCAGAGGCGAGAGGGGGAAGUGGCUCUUCCUGGCAGCCCAGCGCGGUGUUGUCUGGCCCGGGGCUGCCACCCAGCAGGAAGAUCAGGGUUGGGAUCGAUCCCUGCCCAGCCUGGGUGUGCCUCCAGUUCUGAACCGCUGGGAAGGCGCCGCCUCGGCUGGGGUUUCCCGGGAAGGAUCUGCUGCGCAGCGGGUUGGUGGCGAGCCGCGUGGGGCUCUGUGGGACCUUCAGGUGAGGCCGUGAGCACCGUGUCCCUCAUCAGAAGGGGUUCUCACCAGUUUCACCUCUGCUGUUGCAGCCCGCCUGUCUGAUGCCGCAUUGGAGGCGGGGAGCGCCGCUAUGGAGCGCAGGGAUGGAGGCCACGCUCUGCAUCCACACGUGCCUUUGGCUGAGCGCUGCCUGGAUCCCCCUGGCCUCGCCAGCCGGACCGGCCUGCGGCGGGCAGCGCGCUCCGGACACUGAAGGCCGCCACGGGAAGCUGACGUGGGCGGUCAGCUUGGAUGCACCCGAGGAGGAGCUGGAGCAGCGGGCAGAGGAGCUGGCCCGGACUGCGGGCCUGGUGAACAUGGGCCGUGUCGGGGAGCUCAAGGGCCAUUACCUCUUUGCCUACCAGCCCGACGGCCACGCGGUGACUGAACAUGAAGCAAUAAGGAGGUCGGUGGACACUUUGUUUGCACAGCACGACAGCGUGCGGUGGCACUCGGAACAGAAGCUGCUGAAGCGCUCCAAGCGCAGCCUGCACUUUAACGAUCCCAAAUACCCCCAGCAGUGGCAUCUGAACAACCGCAAGAGCCCCGGGAAGGACAUCAACGUCACGGGCGUGUGGGAGCGGAACGUGACGGGGCGCGGGGUGACAGUGGUGGUGGUGGACGACGGCGUGGAGCACACCAUCAAGGACAUCCAGCCAAACUACAGCCCAGAAGGCAGCUAUGACUUGAACUCCAAUGACCCUGACCCUAUGCCUCACCCCGACGAGGAGAACGGGAACCACCACGGGACCCGCUGCGCCGGGGAGAUCGCGGCUGUGCCAAACAACAGCUUCUGCACGGUGGGAGUCGCCUACGGGAGCCGCAUCGCAGGCAUCCGAGUGCUGGACGGGCCCCUCACGGACAGCAUGGAGGCCAUCGCCUUCAACAAGCACUAUCAGAUCAAUGACAUCUACAGCUGCAGCUGGGGUCCCGAUGAUGAUGGGAAGACCGUGGACGGCCCGCAUCAACUGGGAAAGGCUGCCCUGCAGCACGGGGUGAUCGCGGGUCGCCGGGGCUUCGGGAGCAUCUUCGUGGUGGCCAGUGGCAACGGGGGCCAGCACAGUGACAACUGCAACUACGAUGGAUACGCCAACUCUAUCUACACUGUCACCAUAGGGGCCGUGGAUGAGACAGGCUCCAUGCCCUUCUACGCUGAGGAAUGUGCCUCCAUGCUGGCCGUGACCUUCAGCGGCGGGGACAAGAUGAUGAGGAGCAUUGUGACAACAGACUGGGACUUGCAGAAGGGCACGGGCUGCACGGAGGGUCACACGGGGACAUCGGCUGCAGCUCCCCUGGCCGCGGGAAUGAUCGCGCUGAUGCUGCAGGUGCGGCCGUGCCUCACCUGGCGGGACGUGCAGCACGUCAUUGUCUUCACUGCCACCAAGUACGAGGACCGCCGUGCCAAGUGGGACACCAACCAGGCGGGCUUCAGCCACAGCCACCAGCACGGCUUUGGCCUGCUCAAUGCCUGGAGGCUGGUGAACGCUGCCAAGAUCUGGGAGUCCGUGCCAUACCUGGCCUCGUACGUGGGCCCCGUGCUGAAGGAGGGCAGGAGCAUCCCGUUGCUCCCGCAGGAGCUGGAGGUGGCCUGGAACGUCACUCCUGCCGACCUGGAGCUCUCUGGCAUGAGGACCCUGGAGCACGUGGCAGUCACCGUCACCAUAACCCACCCCCGCCGUGGCAACCUGGAGAUCCGGCUCUUCUGCCCCAGCGGGAUGAUGUCCCUGAUCGGGACCACCCGGAGCAUGGACUCGGACCCCAAUGGCUUCUCUGACUGGACCUUCUCCACGGUGCGCUGCUGGGGCGAGGAGGCACAGGGCACCUACAGGCUGCUCAUCAGGGACAUCGGAGACGAGAGCCUAAGGCCUGGCACCUUGAAGCACUGGCAGCUGACCCUGUACGGCUCCUCGUGGUCCCCAGCAGAGAUGAAGGAACGGCAGAGGCUACUGGAGGAAGCCAUGAGUGGGCAGUACCUGAGCGGUGACUUCUCCCUGCCCUGUCCCCCGGGGCUGGACAUCCCUGAGGAGCAGCGUUACACCAUCACAGCCAACACCCUCAAGACCCUCCUGCUCCUGGGAUGCUUUGCUGUGUUCUGGACUUUCUACUACAUGCUGGAGGUUUGCCUGACGAGGAACGAGGUGGGGCUGGACCUGGCCUGCUCCAGCCCCACCAGCUGCAGGUGGUACCAGCAGGGCGGGAAGCACCGAGCCCUGGAGAGCGGCCUGGAGAUGGAGUCGGUGCCGCUGUACCGGGAGAAGGACAUGGAGGAGGCCGAGAUGGAGUGUGAGCACCUGGAGCCUGCCCGGGACAGGGAGGAGGGGUCCUGGACCCCCACCCACCCCAAACUUUCCAGCAAUGGCAGAGCUGGGAGCUUCCAUGAGGCAGCCCCCACUGGAACGGGAUUCCUGGGCCGGGAGGCAUCGACUGAACUCCUCAUGGAGGACAGGGAGCACCAGCCCUGCUGACUGACUGGGGCUGGGGCCCUCCCUCGGUACGACCCUCCUGGGCAGCACAGACUCAUUGCUGAGCCCCCAGGGACCACUGCCACUGUGUCCUGCGGGAGGUGGUGUUGGAGGUGGCUGGGACCCAAGGAGAGAGUGCUGGUACUGGAAAGGGAGCUUCCCUUCCCUCGCUCUGGGAAACAAAGCAAGCCUUAAACCCUUUCCUGACGGAGCCUGCGCUGGGGAAGCUCGGGGCUCCCCGUUUGUGCAGCACCGCUCCCACAGACCUGGGUGGUUCCACACCCAGCCCCUUCCUGCCGCUGCAGCAGGGCCAACACACAUCACUUUGUCCCUGAUUUCUGCAGAGCAGGCCUGGAAAAUGAGACCAAGGCCCCGGCAGCCGCCUCUGCAGGCAGGGACCCCGCAGCACUGGCAUUUUCCUGGGCUGGCAGCCGGCCCCUACCCACCAGUUAUCCCAGUUUAGAAGCAGGGAGUUACUUCACUCAUCUCCAGCCAGCGCUUCUCCCUGCCCCCCAUGCUCCAAUCCUGCUUAUUCCUCCUCUCCCGUGGGCACAGAGCAGCUGUGGGGUGGGGGAGGCAGGAACCAGCCUGUUUGGGGGGCUGUCCCUGUGUCAGUGGGCACAGGAGCACCUCUGGUAGCAGGUAGGCCUGGUUUGGACUGGGGAGGGGAGGUUGAGUUGCUCUGGCAGUGGCUCAUCUGAGCAGGGUUGGCUUGUUCACAUGUCUUUGGGUUCAGUGGUUUAUUUUUUUAAAGCUGGGGUUUGUUUUUUAAUCAGCGAAGCCCUUUUGUGUAGCUUUCCAAAUAAAGCCUGAAAAACCCUC